AUGGCGACGAACCCUGUUCCCGCUAGUUUCUUGACGCGUGCUAAUGCCUUGUUCAGAAAGAACUUAACCUUUCAGAAACGGAACAUAUGGAGCAAUGUUCGUCUCAUCGUGAUCCCUUUGUACCUCUGCGUGCUUCUAGUGGGCAUUCAAGCUCUGUUCAAUACACAGUUCAAUAACUCUGUGGAUAAUCGAUGCGGUUGCAAACGCAUUGAUAAGAAAAAUGGAGAUGGCAAAUGCGAAAGAAAGAGUUGCGGUCCCGAAUAUUCAUCUCCAAACCAAGCCUUCUUUUGUGCCUUCCCAAACCCUCCACCAUUACCUCCGCUGUUGCAUAUUCCGAGUUCUGUAUUCGAUAGUAACUCGUGCACACGAAACACCGGAUCUUGUCAUGUAACAAUACUUGUUACUGGGAAUAAUCAUACCCUUGGAGCAACUAUAUCUCGGAAUCUGCUGCCUACUUAUUCCACGGUCAUUUCCUCUGACGAUUUCUUGCGUAAUCCCGCGUAUAAUGUCUUGGGUACAACAUCAGAGACAGGCAACACCAAUUAUCUUGAUCCAGGGAUUCACUCUAAUCUCUCCAUCUUCAACAUCCAAGCUCGGUGCACUCCGAACACUACAUUGUCAUCAUUCCCAUUCCAACAACCACUUCAUGAGUUUCAUAAAGAGGAGAGAUGUGUUCAAGGAUUGAAUCUAUGGCGGAACAACUCCAUGGAGGUCAACAAUGAAAUAUUCGAGGGAUAUCAGAAAGAAAAUCAGGAGGAGAGCAUCAAAGAGAUCGUUGCAGCAUACGAUCUCCUGGACACUAAUAGGAACAACUUCAAUGUGACUAUUUGGUACAACUCUACAUACAAAUUUAAUAUAAAAGAUAGGCGUGUAAAGUUGGUCCAAGUUCCUCGCUCAGUCAACUUGGUUUCGAAUGCUUACCUUCACUUUCUGCAAGGCCCUGAAACAAAAAUGUUGUUCGAAUAUGUCAAAGAAGUGCCUAAACUAGAAAGUAGACUUCGUCUAGACAUUGCGUCUCUAAUUGGCCCUCUUUUCUUCACAUGGGUUAUUCUUCUUCUGUUCCCGGUGAUCUUGACCUCAUUGGUGUAUGAGAAGCAGCAGCGUCUAAGAAUUAUAAUGAAAAUGCACGGCCUAGGAGAUGGUCCAUAUUGGAUGAUAUCCUAUGUAUAUUAUCUCAUCAUAUCCACCUUAUACAUUAUAAGCUUGAUGAUAUUUGGAUCAGCAAUAGGACUGAAGUUCUUCCUGUUUAAUGACUACAGCUUCCAAUUCAUUUUCUGUUUUCUCUAUAUAAAUCUGCAAAUAUCCACUGCCUUUCUAGUCUCCUCAGCAUUUUCAAAAGUUGAGACAGCAUCAGUUGUUUCUUACAUACACAUCUUUGGAUCUGGACUCUUGGGUGCAUUUCUCUUCCAGUUUCUGCUCGAAGAUGUAUCAUUUCCCAGACGCUGGAUUUUUGUCAUGGAGUUGUAUCCAGGCUUCUCUUUGUACCGUGGAUUGUACGAGUUCUCCAUAUACGCGUAUCAGAAAAACGUGACUGGGAGAGAUGGAAUGAAGUGGAAAGAUUUCACUAAUAGUGCAAUGGAUGAAGUCUUCUACAUCAUUAUCGUUGAGUGGUUUGUGGCGCUCAUUGCAACAUACUAUAUUGAUCAGGGUUCUUUAUCCGUGAAAGACUCUUUUUCAUUCUUGAGAAAACAUUUCAAGCAAUCUCUUUAUCCUAGGACGUCAAUGCAGAGCUCUUCAGUUACUGUAGAAAUGGAGAAAUUAGAUGCCACUCAAGAGAGAGCCAAAGUUGAGAAACUGAUGCUUGAGCCGAGCACAAGCCAUGCAAUUGUAUGUGACAACCUGAAAAAAGUGUAUCCACGUAAGGAUGGAAACCCGCCAAAAAUGGCUGUUCGAGGGCUGUCUCUUGCAGUGGCUUCAAAAGAAUGCUUCGGCAUGUUAGGACCCAAUGGUGCUGGAAAGACUUCUUUCAUCAACACGAUGACUGGACUUGCGAAACCAACAUCAGGCGCAGCGUUUGUUCAAGGUUUGGACAUAUGCAAGGAUAUGGAUAAAGUGUACACAAGCAUGGGUGUAUGCCCACAACAAGACUUGCUAUGGGAGACACUGACUGGGAGAGAACAUCUGCUCUUUUACGGAAGACUUAAGAAUCUUAAAGGCUCUGAGCUCAACCAAGUUGUAGAGGAUUCUCUUAAGAAUGUCAACCUUUUUAAUGGAGGAGUUGCUGAUAAACCUGCUGGAAAAUACAGUGGAGGUAUGAAAAGACGGCUAAGUGUAGCCAUUUCACUUAUCGGGAGUCCUAAGGUGGUUUAUAUGGAUGAGCCAAGCACAGGACUUGAUCCAGCUUCAAGAAUGAACCUAUGGACUGUCAUCAAACGAGCUAAAAGACAUACUGCGAUAAUCCUAACGACUCAUUCUAUGGAAGAAGCAGAGUUUCUCUGUGACAGAUUGGGUAUUUUCGUAGAUGGAAGGUUACAGUGCAUAGGAAACCCAAAAGAGCUAAAGGCAAGAUAUGGUGGAUCUUAUGUGUUUACCAUGACAACCUCUUCAGAGCAUGAGCAAGAUGUGGAGAUGUUGGUUCAAGAUCUAUCUCCAAACGCCAAGAAGAUAUAUCACAUCGCAGGGACACAGAAAUUUGAGAUUCCAAAAGUAGAAGUUGGGAUCUCGAAAGUGUUUGAGGCGGUGGAGAAGGCAAAGAGCAGUUUCACAGUGUUUGCUUGGGGACUUGAGGACACAACUCUUGAAGAUGUUUUCAUUAAGGUUGCUAGAGGUGCUCAGGAUUUUAAUGUACUUUCUUGA